CUCUCCUUGAAAUCUGACAUUAGAAAAGUGAAUAGUAGAUAUUAGUUCACAUUAUCAGAGUUGGUUUAUAUUCUGCAAUGGUUCGAAUGUUAAAAGAAAAACAUAAUUACUUAUUUUAUUAUUAUAUUCAUAUAAUGUGAAUUAACAUUGACACUCCACAUAUGCAUAGGAAUGAAUGUGACAUCUAGGUUUUUUCUCCCAUAUUUGAAUAGAACAGAUUGCAAUUGGUACGAAGGUUGGUCGACGUUUGUAUUGAGUUCUUUCCAAUUAUUUUCUUGUGUGAUAUUCAUUUAUGGCAAAACAAUACUGUUUGCUCUUUGUCAUUGUGGACUGCCUUUAGGAAUGGAGUUUCAGGUUCAGUAGAACUAUAACAUUUCCAUCGAUGUAUAAUCCAAGAUCGAAUACGGAAAUCUAUCGAUGUUCAAUUUAGAGCUCCAAGACAAAUAUUGUAUUCCACGCCGAGACUCGACGUUCGGCAUACCGUAGUGGGAUAGGGAACGCUUCAUUGCCAGACCCAUAGUCGUAGACUUGGCAACAGCGCUGACCCCUCAAGCUCUCUCUUACGUCAGCUUUGGGAAACAAUAUUAUAUAUUUUUUUUUUACUAUUCUCCACUGUUUGUCGUUCAGUUAAUCCAAUUUAGAUUUGGAAUAAUAUUGAUUAGUCAUUUGUAAUAUUGCGUCGGCGCAUUGCUGUGGCUUCGCGAAAGUGGUGACAUUUUGUCCCAUGUUUGAUCGACAACCUUUGAGAAAUAAGUAUGGUCCUUCACGCAAUAAUUUUGAAUUUAUGCCAAUUAAAUUUAGUUUCUCCAAAGCCAAUUUGACUGUUCCUAAUGUUGUAUGGUUGCGCCGAUUUGGACCUUCGCAACAUCGAUAAUGCUUUGGGCGGUUUCAUUACGUUUAAGCUUCGCUUCAUAGGAACAUUCUGGACUGCAAUACUUCUUAGAAUCCACACUAUAUAUACACUUUUUCCUAAAUAUUUUAAUCUGAUUUAGAGCUCCCUUCUAAGUUUGUUUUUUUAGCUGUUGUUGGUUCUGUAGUUUUCUCAUUAAUCUCAAAUGAUUUUUCGUUUGAAAAAAAAGAAACUAUCUAUUGAUUUAUGUUGUGCCAAAAUCAAAACUGUCCAACAUAAAUUGUCAUGAAGAACUUUUCAAUUUCUUUCAUUAUCAUACUAUUUUUAUUUUUUAAACAUGACGUAGUUAUUAUUUGGCAUACUAUCUUCUAUUAAAACAUGAGUACAUUAAUGUAUCUGGAAUUCCUAUAAUUGGAGGCAUCAAACCUGUUGUGCUAUACUUUUUACUCUGGUUCAUAGUUGCGGAAUUGUUGCAAUGAUACUCCUUUCAUGGAACACUUUGAUCCCGUUGCUGUUAUUUAGUAUUUAUUUUAAUUUUUUUUUUAUAUCAAAAGAAUUGUUGUUUCAGCUGAAAUAAUUGAUUCCAAUUAUAGAAUUGAUUAAGAAAUUGAUAACAAGUGGUCGAAGUUGUGCCUAUCAAAUGCCCAAAUAGUUGAAUUUUGUUUCUGACAAAAACCGAUCGAAUAUGUAGUGCAUUCAAUAACCCCAUCUUUCUCAUAAUCAAUAAAAUUAUCUGUGUUCCAUAUUAUGUUGUUUACGAUAUUAAAAUUUUAAUUGUUUUCGGUUUGAAAUAUUCCAACUUCUUUAAUUUGGUUUUGGACCUCUUUAAUUGUUAUAUCAUUUUAUGUCUAUCAGUUUCAAUAAGCAGUUUCUACAGUUUCUUAAUUUUUUAACGUGACAUUUUAAAGAAGUUUCUAGGUAUUCUUUAUGUUAUUCUAUUUAAAAUAAGAAAAUUUUACUUAAGUUGGAUUAAAAUCAUAAAUUUUUUUUUAAUUGCGGACGAAUUGAUCCUAUGCAUUAAGAUUAUGUCACUAUUGUGAGCUGGGUGAAUGUGUUCUACUUUCUUCUUUAUAAUAAUAGUGAUUUUAUUAAUAAUUGAUCGCUCAAUAAUAUUACUUUUCUUUUGUAAGUACCAAAAUUGAGUUGGAGCAAUAAACUGUAACUAAAAAUGCAACCUCAUUUUCUUCUGAAUCUGAAUUGAUCUGAUUUUUCUUUCCUCUUUUGUGUUAUAUACUUUUGUUGUAAGACACAUUUACAGUGUCUGGAUAGUAACUAACUGUUUCCCCAUAAGAUUCGAAAGUUUUCCAUUAAAUCAUAUGUGUAAAUAGUUUAUUGUUUGAGCAUCUGUAUUACCAUUAUUACAUUUACGUAUAUACAUUCAUAGAUGUAUUAUUACCUUAUGUACUGUUUAAUUUAUUUUAUUGUUGGCCUAACGAUAGUUUCAUAUACAUUUUAGUGAUUCUCAAGAAGACCUUAUUCAGUGCAGCGAAUCAGCACUGCGCAUACGGUUAAACCGAAUUUUCUACUGAGGUAAGUGCGUUUCACGUUUAUAUCGAUCAUUUCAUCGGAUGUUAUAAUGUUUUCAUUUUGAAUUAAAGUUAACGAACUCAACUGCUUUUGAUAUUCUUCAUAGAUCACAGUAGUGAUAUUCCUUAUGAUCCUGCUGAAUGGAAAUCAAAAAAUGUGGUAGAUUAGCUGACUAUGAUUUAGCUGACUGCACUUGCCCUAUGUCGAUUUUUCUCUAAUGGAUCUUAGAGAUUGUGUUGACAAUAAAAUAAAAAGUUCAUCACUAACUGCUCGCAGCAAACUAUCCAUGUUUUUGGAUUCGCCGAUUCAGUCGGGUGAAUCGUCUGCUGUUCAAUCUUCACUACUCCUUGAAGAAAAUAUUGCCAAUACGGAAGAGAUAAGAUAUGAACGAUUGUUUGAAGAGCUAAUGGUCUUGGGAAAAAAAGUUGACUUUCUCAUAAGAAACCAUAUUAUAAGGAAAAAAAGAUUAGGCUCGUUGAUGGUUGCAUUUAUGAUCCUGAAUUAUUUUCUCUUUAUUUUUCAAUGCCAAAACUCUUUUUUCACAAGGAUCUAUGAAAGAUUUUACAAUUCAUGAUAUUUUACUUAUCUUGAAAUGGCUACAGUGUACUAUUAGCGACAGGAAUAUAUUUCCGAUUUUAAUAUACUAUUUAAUUAUGCUUUAUACUGUUGACAACAUUGUGUUUGUAAUUAGAAUCAUAUGGUAUGUAAAAAUGCAAUUUAUUGCUUGGUUAUUGUCAGGAAAAAUGUUAUCCAUAGCUUCUCCUCCCUCAGUCCUGCUACUUGCGUAACUGGUUAUUUGUAUAUGAUGAUGUGCAUGAUCUGAUUUUCAAUCGAAAGAAUAUUCUCAAGUGAAGCUACUUUCUAUGUUAAGUUUUUAUAUUUAAACGUUAACACCAUGGAAACACUUUAUUUCUUUUAGUUAGGGUAGAUAAGUUAUAUUUGUUGAAGAAAAUGUUACGUUACUGUUUCGUGGGAUCGAUCAAGCUCCAUUUCUUAAGAUUAGCAGAAGUCAGAAGAUCCAGAUUACUUUUGCAUGGAAUUUUAUGCAACGAACCCGAGAUCGAAAAAGUCCUAAUAAUAAUUUAAAGUACUGAUAUCAAUUUUACUUGGUGAAGGAAAAGAAUUUCGGUGAUAGAAACUUGUAUAAUGUUUACAUCUCUUCUGUGUUCUGUGAUAUCCAUUUAAUUACCAAUGCUGUUCGUCUCCAACUGUGAAUUAGAACAAUAUCGACAAUUUACGAGAUUUCUCAAACAUCCAUGCUGGGUAACUGCGAAUCUUAAAAGGCACUAAACACGGCUGCAGUUUCGGAACUGAAAUGGUACAGCGGGAAGGUUGGCACUGGGAACUCCGAGGCCUUCACAGUGCGCAUGCCCGAAGCAACCUAGUUUAAUGAUGUCGUCAGUCAGGCCUCCGUCCUUACGCUUUUGGGACCGUUGGAUCCUUCAUAGUAAUAAAAGUCAUCAAUGCCCAGUAGCCAUCUAAGGAUGGAAGAAGCUACAUCCAUCAUUGCUUCAAAACCCAUAAGUGAUAAAUUUGUAAGACAAGAAAUCGAUGACUUGGAUGAUUUUGUUUUACAAAUAGAUGAAAACGAAAUAAAUAAUGAAAUUAAAGCUAAUGGGCUUGUAGAAGAUGUUGCUAUUGAUGUUGUUAAGCAAAUGGAAAAUAAUGAAGAAAAGAUUACCAAGCCUUUAAAUACACACUUAGAAACUGAAGUGUCUGAGAAGUGUGGAACGAAUAUUGAAUUAGAAGAAGAGUCUGAUAAAAAGUCUUGUGGUCUAGAAGAUGAAAAUGAGUCUAUUGGCACUGCAAAGAUUAAUGUUUUGUGUGAUGAGCAAAAUGCUGAAACAGAAAGUAAAAAUAAUUCUGAGAAAGACCUAAAUAUUGAUAAAAAUGUCAAUGCAGUGUCAAACAAAUCUGAUUCUGAAAAUGACACAAAUAAAACAACUGUUGAACCAAGUAAUGACUCUGAAAAUAAUGGAGUUGAAGAAAAUAAAACACCAUCAAUGGAAAGUUGUGACAUAACUGGAGAAAAUGAAGAGCUAAAUUUGAAUGAAUCAGUCAAAGCUGACUCACAACAAGUAAAAGAUGAAACAAAUGAAUUUAUUGCUGAAAAUUUGGAAUCAGUUGACAAAGAACUUGAUACUCUUCUUAGUAUGGAGCCUGAUAUUUCAAACGACCAGCCUAGUAAUAUUUCGGAACCAAUGGAAGUUGAUCCUUCCCCAAAUGAACUUCCUGUGGUGAAGAUGAUCACCAUUGAACAUUCCCCUUCUGUUGCAUUAGAAUUACAAAAUCAUGACGAUAAAAUGGAUUCUGAAUCGGAUGUAAACGAUCACAACUCAGCUCCAGAUUCUCCUACUAUUACUAUGCAUUCACCUCAAACUUUAAAUGAUUUGGAUGAAAAUUCCAGUAGCGGUGAUGGAUUCUUAAAAGAAAAGACUGUUAAAGGAUUUUCGAACAUUUGCCGCUCAGAAGGUGAAACAAAUGACACCACAAAGGAAGAAUUUAUUUACCAUAAAGUAAAACAUAUCCAAAUCAGUGCACAAUCUAAUAUCUUGAAGGAGAAGAUUGAUCCUGAAAAAAGGCUCAAACGUGAAGCUGAUGAAGAAACUAGUGCUAAUGAUCAAAUUAAAAAAAUUAAGCUUGACAAAGGAGAGGAAAUCAAGGAGGGACAAAAAAUUAAGCUUGACAAAGGAGAGGAAAUCAAGGAGGGACAAAAAAUUAAGCUUGACAAAGGAGAGGAAAUCAAGGAGGGACUUACUGUUGAAAAUAAUUUAGAAGAAAAUGGCGGAUUGAAACCUAUUAAAACAUUAAAAAAAGAGCCAGUUUCAGAUUCUGGAUCUAGUUAUGAUAGUGGUAGUAGUACUGGUAAUGAUAGCUCUGAUGAAUCAGUUGAUAUGAAUGGAACUGAUCCUUUAAAUGAAAUGAUAAAAAUCAAGAAUAAACUAGUUAAAGAAGAAUAUUCUCCUGAAGAAUUAAAAGAAGUAAUGGAAGGAAGGAAAAAACUGUUUUCCAAUUAUUUUGAAGGCAAAACUGAAAUUACCGUUAACCGUUAUGUGUUAGAAGAAAUGGUUAUGACGCAGGUUAUAGAAAUGAUUUCUUAUAAAACUGAUGUUGGACAGCUACGACAGAAAUGCAGAAUACUCCAAAAUGAACAAAUACGACUGAACCAAAUGGUGACUGCUUUAAAAAGACAAGCUGAUAAUGCAAGGCUUAUCAUAAAAAAACUUAUUGAUGAAAAAUCCAAUAGCAAGAAUUGGACACAUACUGCUAUUCCACUUAAAGUAACUCGUUCAGUUGGUUUACAAGUUUGUACAUGUGGAUCUAUGACUGUACGAUCGAAAUUCUCUGAAAAAGAAAUUAAACCAAUAAAACCAGAAACUGUUGUUACCAAAAAUACUUGCAAUAUUUCCAGUAAAACUGACAAAGAUAGUAACGUUAGUAAGGUUGGUCCCUUCGACAAUAAAGAAAACAUAUCAUCCAAUGUUGAAAAAGAUGCGAGUAACAAAGAUAGCAGUACUACUGAUGAUGUAGUAAUAGUAUCAGUAACUGAAAAUAAUUCUACUUCAUCUUCGGCUAUUAAGGAUAAAAGUAAUAAUUCAACUAUGAAAAAAAGUUUUGAAGCUCCAAAGAAUGGAACUAUGCCAACUGAAAAAGUUGUCAGAAAACCAUUGAAUGUAGAAUAUACUAAAAGUCCAACUGUAGCAAACAAAACAUCAGUUGUUUCUAACCAAAAAAAACUAUCUACAGAUAAUUCAUUAGUGGAAAAAGAAUCGUCUCAAACACUUAAAACUGAUGUUUCGGAAAUCAUUGAUCUUACUGACAAAGAAGAUCAUCCAGUGAAGAAAUUAGAAGCUGCUUCUAAACAAAUACCUGCAUCCAUUUCUUCUGAAAAGCAUCCUACUGGCAUUGUUGAAAAAUCGAAGAAAACAAUCAGUUCUCAGCCUAGCCCGCUGGUAGCUGUAAAUGGAAUUAAAAAGUCAUCUCUUCCGUCUUCUACUGCUACUAAUAAAAAAUCUCUUGACAUUGCACCAGCAGCUGAUCUCGUUAACUCAUAUGAUCAUCUCCCUAAAUAUCCUGUUUCACCCAAGUAUCCUCCUAAUAUUAUUAAACCACCAAGGCCCAUUUUGAGGAUAGGAAAGAACACUUCAGGAAAACAAGGCAUUAUGUUAUCCUGGAGUUUUGAAGGUGGUCGUAAUCCACCAAACAUAGAAGAGUAUCAACUUUUUGCCUAUCAAGAAAGUAAAAACUCUGAAAAGCUUAAGACUGAUACUUGGAAGAAGGUCGGGGACAUCAAAGCUCUUCCUUUACCCAUGGCGUGUUUUUUAACUCAGUUCGUUGAAGGUCAUAAAUACCACUUCAUUGUGAGAGCAGUGGACACUCAAAAAAGACUCGGGGAUUUUAGCCUGCCAGGCAGUAUCAUUCUUCAUGCAGCUGGUCAACCUCCAUCUGCUUCUUAAUUCAAAUAUUUCUAUGAAAUAUUUUUGAUUUUUAUAAUGAAAUCAUAUUUUAUUUAUGGUUUUUUAACUGUAUAUUCAAUCUGUAUAUAUUUAUUUUUGACCAAAAGAGAUUAAGAUUCUUAUCUUAAGAAUGUUAAUAGCGUUAAGCGAAUGUAGAUAGUCAAUUUUUUUUCAUAAUUUGUAUAAUAAAAAAAUUCAAGAGUGAGAGAUUUAAUUUUAAGAUAGAAUAAAUAUUAGCUCUAUAAAUUAGAAUUACCCAUAGCAAAUUUUAUUACAUUGACGACUGGACAUUAUAACAUUUUAUAAUUAAAUGUUAUAGAUCUCAUUGUAAAAACUAAAGUUAAAUCUUCAUACCUAUGAAAUAAUUUAUUGUGUUCGUAUUGUACAUAUUAGGAACCAUUUUAUUUGAAUUUUCCCUCUUUAGACAUAAAUAAAUUAUGGACUGUUUGAUACCAUAAAAUUCGUUUUUUAUUCGAUGUUAAGUAAUUAUUUUCUGUCUCGUUUUAUUUAUACUCAAAUUAUAGAAUGUAUAUAACCGCAAACUAACUUUUUUGUAUAAAGUAACAUUCUAUAAGAUAAUGAUUUUCUUUAAUUAUUCGCUAGUUUAUUUAUAAUGAAAUUAUGUAGUAAAUAUAAGACCGCAAACUUUUUUUAUUAUGUACGAGCAUUGUUAACGGUUUUUCACUGCCCUAUAUUAAAAGAAACAAUGUAUAUUAUUUUAUAAGUAACUUAUUUUAGUGAUAUUAACAGUACAAAGUUACUAAUAGCUAUGCCAUCUGUUCAUAAAAUAUUUCACUUGAUGAGUGUAGGAGGGAAAAACUGCUAAAAAUCUGAUAUCAUAAGCAUCAACCUGUGUUUUUAAAUUCCUACAAACUUAGGCACUAUAAAUAGGUCAUGCUAUUUAUGCUAUAUUGUGCUAAAAGAAUAAAAACUUCUAAUAUAAUUUUUCACAUUAUAUUAUAUAUUAUACAACUGUCAAUUUAAUGGUUUACAAAUUUUUAUUUUUUUUAAAGCAGUAAUUGUUAAAGAAACUAAGUAAUUUAAUUUUUUUAUAACAGUUCCUGUACAUCUCAUUAGAUAACAUAAAACUUGCUGUACGCUAUCUACUGAGUUAGCUUAGCAUAUAGUUUUAAAUUUUCCUAUCCUUUUAUCUCAGUUUUAUUUUAGUUGAAAACUUCUCAUUUGAAUCUAUUUUAUUUGGUUUGACUCACUUCAAGACCUUGAUUGUAAUAGAAAAUAUCUCUGAAUUUUAAAUUAAGAUAGUUAGGAGUCAAAUAAGGCUGUGUAUCAUUCGUCACUUUCAGUUUUGUAUGCUUCAAAUACCUUCCUAAGUAACUGUAUAAAAUUAAGCAAACUACUGAAAAUAUGAAAUCAAAUGUAAAUUUGUUUAGCUUAUGAAAUAAAUCAUUAUUUACAUGUAGUAAAGAAAAAUUAUUCAAUCGUAUAGAAUAAUUUGUCGAGAAAACAGUAUAAAAACAUUUCUCUUCUAAAAAUUAAUAAUUAAAAAUAUUUUAUUCACUUCUAAUAGUCUUCCUUAAAUUGUAGUUUGGAGUGUGGUUUAAGCUGUGAUAUCAGGUUCCUUAUUUUAAAUAAUGAAUUUAUGGCUAUUAGUAUAUAUAUAUUUUUUCAACUUUCCUUUAUUGUUUAUUUAAUUUAUGGAUGUCUUGACUACCCUCAGUCUUUUUUCUGAAUAAUAGAAUUUGUUUUUUCAAAAUUUAGUAAUUGAAGCUGGGUUUUGCUAUAUUUUAGUAGAGUAAUAAUUGUAUAAAAAGUAUAUUAUAAGAACUUCAAUUCAUCCAAAUUACAGAUUGUAAGUAUUAAGAAAGUUAAAAUAAAUUAUGAAAUUUUUACUCGGUAUUGUGUAAAAAAAUAGUGUGGAUAUACUUUUUCCUUCUGCACUACCUAAGGUAGUGAAGUUUGUAUUUUCUACUCUUAUAAAAAUAAUUGGAAAGCAUUCAUUAUUUAUUUAUAAAUUAUUAUUUCGUAGCUCCUUGUUAAAAACUUGUGUUUUUUUUUUUUUUACAAUUUACAUACAUUGUUAUUCUGCCUUGUUAAUAUAAAAUAUGUAUGAAAGAAACAUUGAAAAUUGUCCAGUGCAAACAACAACAAAAAAAAGAACUAAACAAAAUUAGUAUUUCUAAAAAUAAUUAGAAUUUUCUAUAUGUUUAGUUUAGUUCUACAUUAAUCCAUCCACCUCCAGCGCUCAAAAAUACAUUUGAUGUUUCUGGUAUUGCACGUAUAUUCCAGGAUUUGUAAAAAUUAUAUCAAAUACUGUAAUAUAUUAGUACAUGUACAACUCAGCAUUUGAAGUGGUACACCUAGAAAAAAUCAAGAUAUUAUUUACUUACCCUCUCAUUCAACUUCCUACCUUCCUUAAUAAGAGAAAUGAUAAUGAGAAAAGAAAACAAUCAUAAACAAAUAUUUCAACUCCUUGAAAUCCUCGCAAUAAGAAGAUGGUGAAUUAUAUUAGUGAUAUUAUCCCAUUCUUUGAUAAUAUACUGAUAGAGCUUUGAAAGGCUUGAGAAAAAAUAAAAACACAACUAGCCUUGAAGGAAUUGACAGAACCCGAAUUCAAACAGCUACCUUGAGGUCAAUAACAGGAUUUUUUAAAAAUUCGUAAAAUUAAAUUUUGGGAAUAGAAAAAGCAUCAAAUCAAGACUCUAUGAAAGACCUUAUGCAGCCAUUUCUAGACUUGAGAAGAAAAGCUUCUGGACAAGGUUUAAAAUACUAUGAAGUACACAAACCUAAUUUGAACUAAAGGGUAUAUAGUUGCCUAUUAAAAUUAUAUUGUAAGGGUAUAAAAUGGUCAGAAUAUGUAGUUGAAAACUUGUUUGAGUUUGCCGACGUUCUGACAUAAACAUUAGGUCUUCAUCAGGGCUGAAAAACUAAGUAAAACAAAAGUACAUAAAAAAAAAAAAAAAACAGAAAAUAUAAAAUAAUGUAAAUAUCGUUUACAAAUUUUAUGUGAAUACAUAAAGAAAUUUGUAGAUUCCAUCUUUUUCUUUUCUUAUUUACAUAUAGGAUAGGCCUAACCAUAAGGCGAAUGGAGUGGCUAGGUCCAUACCCUUGUAAAAUUUGUCCUAUUUUUUAAAUAAACUAUUAUGACCAGGGGAAGCCAAAAUUGGAUCUCGCUUCAUCCCAAAUUUGUCUCGGACCAGUAGUGAUUAUAUAAUUUUUUAAUUCUUAGGGCCAGAACUUUGGUAAAUGAACAUAAUUUUUUUUUACUGCACAGCCAGACCAUUUUUCAAAUUUAAGAAUUUUCAUUAAU